AUGCGCACGCUGACGCUGCUGCUGCUGCUGCUGCUGUUCCCGUCUCUGGAGCUCGGGCUGCGAGCCCCGCAGCCCCAGGAGACACGCGCCAAACUCUGCGGCCACCACCUGGUGCGCGCACUGGUGCGGGUGUGCGGGAGCCCGCUCUGGUCCCCCGAAGUUACGCAGCCAGUGGACGCCCGCGACCGGGAGUUGCUACGGUGGCUGGAGCAGCGGCAGCUCCUGCAUGCGCUUGUGGCUGACACGCUGGACCCCGGCCCGCAGCUUCCUCCCCAGGCUCCUCAGCGCCACCGCCGCAGUGCCGCCAUGAACCCUGCACACCGCUGCUGUCUCACUGGCUGCACUCAGCAAGACCUGAGGCGCCUCUGUCCCACCUGAGGGGGGUCCUGGACUCAGGCGAUGGGUCCUUGAUCGCCGUGCCCCCCCCAGCCCCCCCGUCAGGAUGCUCCAUACCUCCAGGGCCCGUGUGAAUGCAGCAGCCCGGCUUUGCCUCGGAGGAGUCCCAGUUAUUCUUAGAUCUCAAAAAAAGGAGGGUCACACGUCCUGCCCCGAGAGGAGCCUCC